GCUGGCAGUUGAUGGCCAAAGUUCUUUACUGUGAGGAAAUUUUAAAACUGUGAUUUUUUAAAAUGACUGAAUCCGUUAAAGCCGUUGAAGCGGGCGAGGCUCCGGUUCUGUCCGCGAUAACGGUGCUCUCCCUGCUCGCGUGCGCAGCGCAGCUCGCCGCGGGGUACAUAUUCGCGCAGAUAUGGGGCAGAAAGUGUUCCUCCACCGACAGAUGGGUUCUUGUGUGGCUGUUUUACGACGCCAUUGUCCACAUUACUCUGGAAGGUCCGUUCGUGUACAUGUCGCUGGUUGGGACUGUUGCAACUUCAGACAACAUAUUAGCAGAACUUUGGAAAGAAUAUGGGAAGGCGGACCAGCGUUGGUUACACUCAGACCCAAAUAUUGUGUCUCUAGAGCUGCUCACAGUCGUAUUGGAUGGGUUUCUAGCGCUGCUUUUGGUCUACGCUAUUGUAAAAGACAAGCAUUACAGGCACUUUGUCCAGAUCACCCUGUGUGUGUGUGAGCUGUAUGGAGGCUGGAUGACCUUCUGCCCAGACUGGCUGAUAGGAAGUCCUAACCUGAACACAAGUAACUGGCUGUACCUGUGGGUUUACCUGACGUUUUUUAAUGGUAUAUGGGUGGUGGUGCCUGGAUUCCUUCUCUACCAGUCAUGGAAGGAUCUACAAAGGUCCCAUUAUGCUCUGAAGAAGCAGAAGUAGAUCCAGAGCCUACAUACUGAUUGUUAAUAAAAGUAACAGGAUUACAUACCCAAUAUGCAAAUAUAUGGUCUCAGGAGCCAAUGCCAGUCCAACAUUUCCCACACACCAAGACACCAUAUAAUUUUACUGAGGAUUACCUACCUAAUCGACCAUGAAAGAGUAAUUAUGUGUGCUUUUGAAGACAAUCGCAUCUAAUAGUGGACUGGGCUGAAGACUCCUUCAAGAAAAUAUCGUACUGUACUGUACCAUAAUCUACUUAUGCCAUUUGUCAUCAACAUAUAAACUACUGUAAAACAUU